ACCUUUCAGGGAAGUGUGCUUCUGGUUCUGAUACAGCUCCUGUCCCCACGCAUGUCUGUUUUCAACAACUCUGAGGUCAAGUAUUUUCUUCUAAUUGGGAUCCCAGGACUGGAAUAUGCCCAUGCAUGGAUCUCCAUCCCCAUCUGCCUCAUGUACCUUAUUGCCAUCGUGGGUAACUGCACUAUCAUUUUUGUCAUCAAGACAGAGCCUUCUCUUCAUGAACCCAUGUACUAUUUCCUUACCAUGUUGGCUGUCUCUGAUAUGGGUUUGUCCUUCUCUUCCCUUCCUACCAUGCUUAAGAUCUUCUGUUUCAAUGCCAUGCAAAUCUCACCCAAUGCCUGUUUUGCUCAAGAGUUCUUUAUCCAUGUAUUCACUGCCAUGGAGUCCUCUGUGCUUCUGAUUAUGUCUUUGGACCGCUUUCUUGCCAUUCACAACCCCUUAAGGUACAGUUCUAUCCUCACUGGCAGUAGGGUUGCUAAAAUAGGGUUAAUUUUAGCCAUCAGGAGCACAGCUUUGGUGCUUCCAUUCCCUUUCACACUAAGGAAACUGAAAUACUGUCAAAAGAAUCUGCUCUCUCACUUAUACUGCCUUCAUCAGGACGUCAUGAAACUGGCCUGCUCUGAUAACAAGAUCAAUUUCAUCUAUGGUUUCUUUGCGGCUCUCUGUACUAUGCUGGACUUUGCCUUGAUUCUUAUGUCUUACAUGCUGAUCUUGAAGACAGUUCUCAGUAUUGCAUCUCUGGUAGAAAGGCUAAAAGCCCUAAAUACCUGUGUCUCCCACAUCUGUGCUGUGCUCAUCUUCUAUGUCCCCAUCAUCACCUUGGCUGCCAUACAUCGCUUUGCCAAGCACAAAAGCCCCCUACUUGUAAUCCUUAUUGCAGAUAUGUUUUUGUUGGUGCCACCCCUGAUGAACCCCAUUGUGUACUGUAUAAAGACUCGACAAAUCCGGGAGAAGGUCUUGGGAAAGUUGGUUAACUUAUGUGUGAGAUAAGGACUUGGUAAUAUAAAUAAUUCAUUAUCUGAAAAUAGGUACUUACUGGUACCUGCUGUGCUCAACUUCAUUCAUGGUGGUUAUUAUUUGGUGAAUUUCUGGAGUGAGGCACUGAAAUUCUGUGAUGUAUAGAAUUUAUAAUGAGUUUAAAACAUUUCCAGUAACUGUACAAAAAUCAGCUGAGAGAUAUGAUUUAGUGAGGCAUAACUAAUAAUUUAAAUGGUUUUUUAAAUAAAUCAUUUAUGUGAUUGAACAGAUAAAUCAGGCUUUAAUUAAUUGACAAAAUUUGAGUAGACUUACUACCUUUCAAUUAAUAUUUAUAAAAUAUUUCUGUAAUGCAUAAUAUUUAUACCACAAAAGAAAUCAAAUUGGCAGUAUAGAUAGUAGUUAUUUGGCAAAUACUGAGUGAUAGUUUUAGAUGAAAGGCCUGAACUUGGUUAGGAGUAUAUGAAAGAAGUUGAAACCUUGACAUAUUUUGAAAGUUUUUUUGGGAGGAAGGGCAAUAUGUCUGAUCUAUAUUCAAGAUAGAUUGAAUCUAGGAGAAAAAAAGAGACAGGUCAACACUCUUCUGUGAUGUGAUAACUCUUACAUGAGGAGAGAGGUAACAGAAGUAUAUAGUUUUUGUCGUUUGUUUUCUUGUUCUCAUUUUGAUUGUUAUUAAAUAAAAAUAUAAUUUAUAUUAUGUUUCCACAUUUCAGAAAGUACCUGAAAAAUAGCUUUAAACUCUGUUGUUCUUGUUUAGUCUUUUACGUCAUAUUGUUAGUGACUUUCAAAUAAAAUGUAGCUCUUAAAA